AUGUCUAAUCAGACCUUCUUUGUUACUGCCGCUACUGGCCCUCAAGGUGGUGCAGUCACUCGCCAUCUUCUCAAGAAAAACUGCACUGUUCAUGCUAUUACCCGAAACAUAGACUCUCCAGCUGCACAAGAGCUGCAGAAGCUCGGCGUCAAGCUCGUUACUGGAGAGCUCGACAACGAAGAAUCACUCAAAGCUGGCAUGCAGGGCUGCACUGGUCUUUUUCUCAACCUCCCCUCUAAUCCCAUGACCGCACAGCCUUUUGCGAAAUGUAUAUUGGCAAUUGCCAAGAGUGUCGGCAUCAAACAUGUCGUCUACUCGACUGCGUUGGGAGCGAACAGCCCUGAAAAAUUUGCUGCCUGGACCCCCGGCGGUAUGGUCGAAAUCGUCAUGCACCCUAAGCGGGUUAUUGAAGAGAUUGUCCGCACUUACGGAUUUGAAUACUGGACAAUUUUGCGUCCAGGCAAUUUCAUGGCGAACUUUACCCAACCGAAAAUCCCGAUUGUCUAUCCCGGUUUAGAAACAACCGGAGUCUUCACUACUUCCUUUGGAAAAGAGACUCUGAUCCCAAUGGUGGACCACGACGACAUUGGAAAAUUUGGCGCAGCGGCGCUUUUGGACCCAACACGGUUUGACCAACACGGCAUUGAAAUCGCCUCUGAAUUCCUUACGGUGGACCAGAUCGUGGCCGAGCUGAGCAAGGCCACAAACAAGAAGAUAUCGGCACAUCACCUGUCAGAUGAAGAAUUUCAAGUCGAAGCCGCCAAGAACUCUCCGGCUUCAUGGCAAAGGCUUCUCCAAGAUUUGGCCCAGUUUGUUGACAUGGAGAAACUCAAGACAUGGGGGAUACCGCUGAACUCGUUCGCCGAUUUCCUUCAAAGGGAAAAGGACAAUGUGAUCGAAACUUACGCCCAGACCCCUUAG